AUGGAGAGCCCAUCUCUACUACGGCUGCUCUUGCUGACCGUGUCUCUGUGCUGCAGGCCCAACAAAGCCUCCCUGACUCUCAGGCCCAGCACAGCUCAGCUGUUUGUUCGUGAGUCUCUUGAUCUGAGCUGUGAGGAAGACUCUGCUGGAUGGACGGUGAAGAGGAACACAACCAAAAAAAACAUGACAGAGUGUGGAGACACCUGGGGAGAUCCAGCAGCUUCCUCCUGCACAAUCUUUUACACACUCCCAUCAGACAGUGGAGUUUACUGGUGUGAGUCCAGAGAGGGAGCAACCAGCAACACCGUCAACAUCACCGUCACUGGUGGUGAUGUGAUCCUGCAGAGUCCUGUCCUUCCUGUGAUGGAGGGAGCUGCUGUGACUCUGAACUGUACAACCAGGACUCCCUCCAACCUCCCAGCUGAUUUCUAUAAAGAUGGCUCCUUCAUCAGGACUGAGUCUACAGGACAGAUGACCAUCCACCAUGUUUCCAAGUCUGAUGAAGGCCUCUACCACUGCAACAUCUCUGGUUAUGGACAGUCUCCAUCCAGCUGGCUGGCUGUGGCAGUUUCACCAACAACUACAACACCAACAACACCAGCCCCUCCUCCAGCUCCCCUGCUGUCUCCAGUCAGACUGCUCUGCCACCUAGUGGUGUUCUGUCCUUACUGCAUCUCAACUCUGCUCCUGGUGUCUCUGUGGCGCCAGAGGUCUGCAGGACCUGAGCCACCUGUCUCCAUGGCAACAGUGCAGGGACUGGAUGACGAGUAUGAUGAUGUCAUUGCUGAUGUCACCACCGAGCAUGACUUCUGAGAUGAAUGGAUGAGGACAAAAAGCAGUAAAACAAAAGGUCACCCUGCCAGAGGAGUCCUGCAGUAACUGGACACUGACAGUCAGUUUAGACAAAACAUCGGCUGCCUUAGAGCAGUCCAAAAAAAUCACAUCCUGCGUCCUCUCCUAACCACUUUUCCUUGAUCUCAAACGUCACGAGGAGAACAGCACGGUGAACAAUAUGACUUCAUCAUGAAUCCCAGUU